UUACAUUUCCUUCUGUAUCUUGAAUCCCGGAAUAAUAUACGUUUUUGGCGCGGAAUCAAGAGCUGUGGCUGUCAAAAAAGUAGGUACUGUGGCAGUAAUGAAUUUGGAGCGCAAUUGCAUUUUGUGUAAAUAAUAAUAAUUUUGCGGGAAAAAUGACGACUAUUGUUGAAACAGCGAUUAUUCAAACUAGUGAAAUUAAUAAAAGUGAUACAAUGAAUGUCACUGACAGUAAUAGCAUCAUAACAAAUCCAUUCAAUAAUGAAUCAGACAUGCUGUCUAAGGACAACUCAAAGGAGAAUGAAAUUGAUAAUUCCAAGAAUCAGGAUAAGAAUGAUAGUAUACAGAUAUUAACAAAUGUCUUGGAGAAUAAUAAGAAUGAAACAACAUUUGAAAUGACAGAUAACAAGUUAGAAAAUGCAAAGAGGGUCAGUGAAGAAACUGUAUUAAUAGAUUCCAUAUGUGGAAAUAAUCAUAUUAGUAAAACUGAGGAAGAUAUCGGUGAACUUAUAUCAAUGAACAGCGAAGACGUGAUUCCUGAUGAUGGGGAUGAUGACAUACAAAAAUCAAUACACAAAAACAUGUUAAGCAUUGUAGACAGUGAAUCGGAGGAUGAGGACUUCUCAUCGUUGUUUCAACAGAAGGAUAAUACUCCAAAAGAUGAUUUUAAUCCUGGUGCAACUAUUGGUACAAAUCCAUUGAAAUAUACAAAAGUUUCCUAUAGUAAAAGUCGGAGAAUUCUGGACAGUGAUUCUGACGCGGACGAACCUUCUGGUAUUAAAAAUGAUGGUGAUGAUGAGAACCACAGCAUUACAAGUAAUUCUGAUUCAGACAAAUCAGUACAAAAGUCAAAGCCAAAUGGAAAUAAGAUCAAUGACUUAAUAGAUUCUGAUUCUGAUGACGAUAAUAAUCAGAAUACUCGAAAUGACUUCGCUGAAGAAGAUCACAAUGAUCAAAAAUCUGCUGAGCAGAUACUGAAAAAGGCAACUAAAAAGAGAACGCAAACUGCAAGGUCAUCGAAGGAAGAAGCAAUGAGACAAAUAAGGAGCGAAAGUCAACGGCUUGUACGAGAGUCAAAUGUUUCUUUACCUUAUCAUAGACCUAAACAAAGGACUUUACAAGAGUUUCUAAACAGAAGAAAACUUGUUUCUACCCUCCCCAAAGCACCAACUACUGCUGCUAAAGUCAGAAUGUCUUCAAAUAUAGUGAGCCAAGUUCUGAAAGAGAAGGAAAAAGAGGCAGAACUCUUUUACAAAUCUUCUGAUUCAGAAGAAGAAACAAAUGAUAAAGAAUUACCAAAAGAAACGCCUGUACAUAUUAAUGUUACAAAUGAUCUCACAACAGUUUCAAACAACGCAGAUAGUACAGAUAUCGAGGAAACGCAAAAAAUGAUGAACGGCAACGUACAGAACGCUCACAAUAAGAAAGAAAUAAUUCGACAAGGGACUUAUGAACUUGGAGUUCCACGGAAAUUGUUUGGCCUAGACUCGGAAGAAAUAAAUGAGCAGGAGAAUGUUGAGACAGAAGAGCAGGAGGAAAAUAUUCAAAAGCCUGUUAAGGAAUAUAAACAUGGGUUAAAGGAAGUCAGUGUUCCAAGACAAUUAUUUGGGAAUGAUUAUCAGGAUGACACUGACUCCAAUACAAAGAGGAAAGACAUACAGGAAUCAAAUACGCCUGAUACAUUACAAAAUCGAAAUAAUGACGACGGUCAGUCGGACACAAUCGAUACAUUAAUAAAAUCGCUGGAAGACGAAAUUAAUAAGAGUAAUGUUAAAGAAAACACUCUAAAAGAGACAGAUAAUUUGGUGGAAGCAGAUGACGAUAUUCUAUUAGAAAUGGCAAAAGAUGAUGUUAAAAUUGUUGAACCUGACGAGCAACAACAUGUCAAAGAUAAGGAAUCAUUACCUGCGAACAAUACGAUUUCCGAAACGCCAUUUAUAAGUAAUAAAGAAUUGGCUAAAUUAAAUAAGAAAGAUAAUAUAAGCACAAGUUCAGUAAUUAAUCAAGUUGAUAAAUCAGAUUCAUCUAAGAUGGAGGAAACUGAAUUAUCAACACCUAUUGGUCACGUAUAUGGAUUACCGUUCCCUGAAUUUGAAGAUGAUAUACCAAUAGAAAAACCAAGUGCUAUAAAGAAAAAAAUAUUGCCAAAUGUCCCAAAUGUUAGGCCUACGUUGAGAGGAAUCUCAGGAAUGGUCAUUGACUUCUCGCAGGAUGUCAAGCCAAGUAAAGAAGGUGUAAAUAAUUUGAUGAAUAGAUUUUUAAAACACACUGCUAUUAUAAACAAAGCUGAAACUGUUACAGACGUAACUGUGAUACAUACGGAGAUCACUGCUGAUGGCGUAACCGCAACAAAGCAAGUUAUCCCGUACAAAAUAGAGGGUGAAAAGAAUGAUUCAGAACUGAAUAAACCUGGGGCAAAACAUGUACGUCUAAGGGAAGAACUGAAACAGAAAAUGUUUACUAAACGUACUGAAGAAUGGGAACAGAAGGAACAGGAAAUGAAGACGUUGGAAAAGGAACUGUAUGGUGAUGAGAAAAGUACUUGCGGAAUGGACGACGAGGAACUAGAAGAAGAGAUAGAAGAACUUAGUGGCAGUGGGGAAAGUGAACCGGAAGAAGAUGAUAUGCCUCUUAGGGAAAACAAACAAAAGAAAAACUGUCCUUUUUUGGAUAACGAAGCAGAAGUUAGUGAUGAGGAGGACAUACAAAAAACUGGGGAUGAUGAUGAUGAUGAAGACGAAUACUGUGAGAAGGAAAGAAAUGUUAAUAACGAAGAGAAAGAAAUUGAUUACGAUGAAGAAGAAGAUGAGCAUGAGGAGGACCAGGAAGAACAGGAGCAAGAUGAAGAUGAGGAUGAUGAUGACGAUGAAGAUGAUACAAAGGAAGAUGGUUUGCAUGAAGCAAGAAAACGAAAGAGAAUUGUAAAGGCGUUUGAUGAAAAUUCAAAUGAAUCAACACAAUCUGACGAUAAGACCGUUAACACUGAAAAACCUUCUUUUACUAGAACUAAAACCGACAUAGAUAUGUUUGACACAGAUGGUAAUAAUGACUGGAUAAGUGACGAAGAGGAUGAACUUCCUGCUUUUCAACCACGCAAUAACACAAGUGAUAUAAGAAGUCAAGCGUGCCAAACACCAUUGGUUACAACAAAUUGCCUCAGUUUUGUCUCUCCGAUAACACAAUUGACAGCUUUGAAUACUCAUAUGGAAUCUGCCAAGAAACAAACUCCAACCAAUGAUGUUUACUCUCUACCAAUUACUGAUCUGCCGUCUACAGAGAAAACACCAGUAAUUAAAAGCUUAGGCGAUCGUAGUUUGGAUAAACGUAUUGGCCCGCAGAAAAAGUUAUUUGAAGAGGAUACAGAAUUAGUUAAAGAUGAAGAACUAAUGGAAGUGUGUUCAGGAAGAUUUACUGCAACAGAAAACAUUGAAAAAGAUCUAUCUGCUUUAUUAGAUUCUUCUAUGCAGACAAAAUCUUCAGAAGUGCAAUUAUUGAAUAUUUUCUCAGGAUCUUUUUCUACGCAGCAAUCACAGGAGAACCAGGAAGAGAAUUCUCGUGUUGACAUUGAGGAAGAUUCAUCUGAGAGUACAAGACUGACAUUGGAAAAGAAUUCUCAGUUAUCUGUGAAGAGUCCCAUUAAGAAUAAGAAGUCCGAGACUCCUUGGACAGCACUGAGAGUCGUUUCUACCGAUGAGGAAGAGGAGAUUCUUAGAGAUACUAAUGAUGAAAUAGUUAAGAAGAAGAAGCUAACGAAGAAGAAGGUGAAGAAAUUAGAAUUGUCUGACGAAGAAGAUAGUGACGCUGAGCGUUUAACCGAAGUGGACGAAGAUGAGGAGGAGCAAGAGGAAAAUUGCGAGCUCGAAAACGAAGAGAAAUAUAUUGAUUACGACUCAGAAGAGAAUGAAAUCGUGGUCGUACCAAAGAAAGAAAUAAAGAAAGUCGCAGCAACAUUUCUGGAGAAUGAAGCAGAGUUGAGCGAGAGUGAAUGGGGUUCCGCAGAUGAGGAUGAAAAAGAUUUGGAUAAGCUUGAGUACGAAGAGGGUGACAAUGAGGAGAUUGAUGAAAAUCAAAUGAAAGAUCAAUUGGGAAGAAUUCACAUGAGACAGGUACUAGAUGAUGAUCAGAGAAACGUUAGGAUGAUCAAAGAAUUACUUUUUGAAGAUGGUGACUUGUAUACUGAUGGCGCUGGUCGCGAAAGAAAAUUUAGAUGGAAGAAUAUGGAUAACUUUGGAGAGGACGUCAAUAAUCCAUUAGGCGAUAACGCUGAUGCAACAUUAGAAAUUACAGAGGAGGAGAACGAAUUACAAUGGCGUAAACUACGACUUGAAAGAGAAAAGUUUUUAGAGGAGAAAAAGAAAUCAGGCGAGAUAAAGGAUGAUAUUGAGGAGGAUAUGGGAAGCAGUCAGUUUUUUAAAUUAGGUAUGAAGGCAUUACAAAAACGCAAAUGCGUUCAAAGCGGGAGUCAAGAUAGUUCAAAUGGGCUGUCUAAGUCAACAGACCCAAUAAUGCCACGUACUAUUUUGGAUUUGUUAGAUAGUCCUACGAUUGGGGCAAAGUCUUCGAUAUUACGAACUGCAGUGAAGCGUGGCUCUUUCCUAGCCAGAGGAGAAGAAUCGUUAGCGCGUUUGGCUGCAAUGGUAAAUCAAAAUACAGAGACAACAAUUUGCGGUGCCAAAAAUAGUAGAAAUUUUGUAUUUGCGCACGUGAGUCCAGCAAUCAAAAACGAUGAAGAAAAUCAAGAAACGACCGACGAAAAUAUCUCAGAUAAUAACUUACAGACUCGUAAAAGAAAAUCCAACGCAGGAGUAACACCCAGAACUGCGAAAAAAAAGAAAAUCGAAGCAUCGACGUCAAAGGGAAAGAAACUAUUUUUAUAAAUAACGCGCAUGUAAGAAAGUCUAAUUUUUUAAAUAUAGUAAAUAUAAAAAAUAUAAUUAUUAUUGUAGACCAUUUAUUCAAGGAUGUAAAUAAAAGAGAUAUCUUUUGCAAUGAUA